AUAAUAUUAAAAUGUGAGAAGUAUUAUAAAGUAAGGAAUCGGGAUAGAGGGGUUGAGGGAAGCGGACGCAGACGGGACUGACCGGCCAACCGUGUGUAGAGGCACGCAGUCUUGGAAUAGGGGCUAGGAAGAAGCUAAGACAGAAAUAGAGAUGGGAAGAAUCAGCUGUGUGGGCUACCUUACAAAUUAUGCUGUGAAACAUUGUAUCGUGUUGAUAUGGAUUGUGAUAAAUGUGCUGCUCUUCUGGAAGACAUACAUGCACUACAAGUAUGAGCCUCAAUGGUUUUACCUGCACCAGAUACUCGGGGGCUACUUGUGCAUAUCUAGAGGGACGGCGGCCGUUCUUAACCUCAACUGCGGCAUCCUGCUUCUACCCAUGUGCCGAGGGUCGAUCUCAGUCCUGAGAGGGUUAACGCCUUGGAUAGGGAGACGAACCAUGGUAUCGCUUCUUGACAAGAGUAAAGGGUUCCACAUCACGUGUGGCAUUAUCGUGUUCAUCGCGUCUGCCUUUCAUACGUUCGGCCACCUGUUCAACGCCUUGCAAUUCUCCAAGUACUACAGCAAAGUCUACGUGGAUUUGAACGCUGCAAAAUAUCCACAUCAGGAUCCUCUUCUUAUUGUCGUCACUACAGUUCCUGGUCUAACGGGGAUCAUUAUGAUUCUACUAUUGGUGCUAAUUAUGACAUCUUCUACUAUAGCCAUGAGGAUGGCGAACUAUGAUCUGUUUUACUACGCACAUAGGAUUUUCUUUGUGCUCUUUUACGCUCUGCUAUUGGCACACGCCAUCAGGGGUAUCCUGAAAAAACAGAUGAACACAAACAUGCAUACGCCAGGUUGUAGCGCACUGAACGAAACGGUUCCAUUUCCCGAACCAGAAGUGCCUUUUCCAGAACCAGAACAUAUGGACAAUUCUUCUAUGAAAUGUGACGAAAAGCCUAUGUUUGACACACACGGUACAGAGACAUGGAUGUGGUUAUGUGGACCAAUACUUGUAUAUGUAGCUGACACGAUAUACAGAUAUAUUCGACAGAAACGUGAGAAAACUGUGGUUAUAGAUAUAAAACAACAUGUGCACGAGCUGUUAGAAUUAACCGUCAGGAAGCUGGGCUUUAAAUCCAGACCUGGCCAGUAUGUGUUAGUAAACUGCAGAAAUAUAUCAGGAUUAGAAUGGCAUCCUUAUACAAUUACCUCAGUUAAAGAGGAACAAAAUACAUUUACCCUACAUAUAAAAACUACAGGGGACUGGUCUGGACGAUUGAAAGAUCAUCUUCUGAGACGCAACAUUGAUAAAGAAUACAUCCCACUUCAUAGAAGCAUAAGACCUAUCAACUUGAACAUAGAUGGACCCUUCGGGAGUCCAUGUGAAGACAUUUUGAAAUACAAGAUUAGUAUAUGUGUGGCUGGGGGUAUAGGAAUUACACCAUUUAUAGCAUUAUUAAAUUAUUUAAGAAAACAGUGUUCCACUACAAAACUAGAGCGUUUACACCUAAUAUGGUUGUGCCGAGAUGCAGGGUGUUUUCUCUGGUUCCAAGACACUUUACUCGCAGUUCAUAAAAAGUUUUGGUCGAUGAAUAGGCCAGACUUUCUUGAGAUCCACCUACAUUGUACCUCAAAUAUUCUUCCUAAAAUACUCGACUCUGUUGAAAGCAUGGACGAGUUCAUGAUAAGUCGAUUAAAUAUUGGUCGUCCAGAUUGGAGACGCGCAAUAUCAGCAGUUUUGAACCGUCAUGAAAAGACCGACAUUGGUGUGUUUUGUUGUGGUCCCAAGGUAUUGACUAAGGACAUACACAGGGUAUGCUCGAAACUCUCAAUCAAUAAAAAUAAAUUAUAUUGCUACCACGAGUCAUUCUAGACAGUGUGUAAUACACGUUCAUCAUUUACAUUAACAAACAACAAGGUAUUCUAAACAAACAAUAUGCGACUUGGUAUUAUGAAGCCUUGUCGAUAGUACGUAUGAGAUGCUCAUCCAUCCUUAAGAUGCUAUCAUAUAGAAACAUUGAAAUACCCUUGGGUCAGGCACUCAUCGUACAACGUGUGCAACGAGGCGGGCGUUCGUACAAGAGAAAAGGACACUGCUGAUGUUCAACGAUUCCUUCCAGACUACUGCAUAACACAUAUCCUAUAUGAACGAAGAAUUGUUCAGAUGCUAUUUUUGAUACAUGUAGUACUAUCAUGAACACAUUUCUAGGUAGCAUGGAAGAUGCCGUAUUGGUUGCAUUUGGUUGUGUGCAACAUAUUAUUUUUGUGAUUUUGGACAGUGUAACAAUGAAAAUACUAAAUAGUGAAGCAUGCGAUUUGACUUUGAACUUAAUUGAAAGUUGUAGUUGAUGAAAUAUGUCAUUCUGAACAGAACAGUGAAAAUACUUUAAAUACUGAUACAUGUAAUCCUGAACAAUUAUCCUGAAUGGCACAGUGAAACUACUAUGUCCUGAUACAUGAAAUUACUAAGUUUGAAACAUGUGAUUCUGAACAAUUAUCCUAAACGGAACACUGAAAUUACUGAAGUGCUGAAACAUGCGAUUCUGAACAAUUAUCUUGAACCGA